CAUUCUUUUCCUCUCUCUUUUUGUGUGUGUGUAGUGCUAAUUCUUGAUAAAUUGUUUGGGUAAAAUGCCCUGGUGUGUUUAACUAGUUCUCUAGUUAUUUUGUGAAGGAGUACUGUUCUAGGUUCUUGGUUUUUGCUUUACAGGUUUAGCAUUGAUAUAAAUGGCUUAAGUAUAAUGUAUAUAAGAAGUUCCUUGCUAACUUGUAAUCUUUUUUUUUUUUUUUCAUAACAUAAUACAUGUAAGUGACAAUUUCUAUGUUGCGAACUUGUAAGCGGAUUUGCCAGUAUUCUAUGUUAUUUUUUGUGCUGAUACUAUCAGAGGCAAGUAAUGCUGCACCCAAUUUUUUGUGACAAUGUGCUCGGAAUUAAUAUUAAAACACACACACACAUUGUAGAUGCUCUAUCCCACAAAGGCUGCGUACACCCUAUCCUCCCCAAACCCUACUUGUGGGACUAUACUAGGCAUGUUGUUGUUGUUGUUGUUGUUGAUGAUGUUGAUGUUGAUGUUGUCACACAUACAUUGUAGAUGCAUACAGAGGUGGGGCCAGGAUUUUUACUGUAUAGAUUCUAAACCAUAAUUCUUUUUGCUUAACACAAAUACAGGGUUUGAGCCUAACUUAUUCGGUUCUGUUGAACCCUUAAGUACUCAUUGGCUCUGGCCCUGGAUGCAUGUAACCCUUGAGCUCCGUGCUAAAACUCAUACAAUUUUUCUGACUUACUUGAUCCUGUUAGAAGUGCUGUUAUUGAUUCCUGCAUUAGGGUGACAGACAAUGGGAGAGAAAGCAUUCAAAGAAAAGUUGUUUUCAUAUUCACUCUAUACAACGCCUCAAAUCAUAAUGAUCAGUUGAAGUUAGGAGCAAACAGUCCCGAGGAAGCAGCAAGAUGGAUACAGGCCUUGCAGGAAGCAGCUUUAAAGGCAGACAUGAAUAAAAGAACUGCAGUUGAUCGUCCAAGGCGUGACUCACCGUCUUUGAGGUUAAAUUGUUCCAACAGAUAUCAUCAUCUGAAUUCCAUUGAUUGGACUUUCUGUUCAUCCUCGGUGGCAGAUGCUACGACAUCUGAUGUUGUUGCACCCUCGUCCUGGACAAUAUUUGGUUGUCAGAAUGGUCUUCGGCUAUUUAAGGAAGCUAAAGAUAGGGAAUCUCAUGGGAAGUGGGAUGAUCACCCUGCAAUAAUGGCUGUUGGUGUAGUUGAUGGAACUUCAGAGGCCAUUUUUCAAACACUCAUGUCGCUUGGUCCUUCAAGAUCGGAAUGGGAUUUCUCUUACUACAAGGGCAGUGUCAUUGACCACCUUGAUGGUCACACGGAUAUUGUUCAUAAGCUUCUACGUCGGGAUUGGCUACCUUGGAGUAUGAAAAAAAGAGAUCUUCUUUUGCGGCGUUACUGGAGAAGGGAGGAUGACGGAACAUAUGUUAUCCUAUAUCAUUCUGUGUUUCAUCAGAAGUGUCCAUGUCAGAAGGGCUAUGUUCGUGCCUGCCUUAAAAGUGGAGGAUAUGUAAUAUCACCUGUGAAUCAAAGGAAGCAGUCAAUAGUCAAGCAUAUGCUUGCUAUUGAUUGGAGAUUCUGGAAAUCUUACUUACGAGCAUCUUCAGCCAGAUGUAUAACAAUCGACAUGCUAGGGAGACUCGCUGCUUUGAGGGAGCUUUUUAGAGCAAAAUUAGGAGAUUGCUCUUCCUCGUAUCUCUUGGAGAAGCAGGUGAGAGAAAAAAGACUGCAUCAGGAAGUUAAGGCUGAGAUACAAACUAGACUGGAAAAUGGGAAUAGUAUGGCAGAUGUGGAAGAAGAAGAAGAAGAAGAAGAAGUCGCCAAAGCACCUUCUGAACAUGCAAGCUUGAUGGGGUUAAAUGAUGCAUCGGAUGAGUUUUUUGAUGUCUCUGAACCACUUGAUUAUGACCAAUCGGAAAAUGGCUGGCCUUCUGAUUUUGGUACAGAGAUGUACUCUCAGGACACACGGCAUGCCAGAUUAUCAUCUGCUUCUGUUUUUGUGAAAAAGUUGCAUGAUCUUGCUGUUCAAAAGCGGGGUUAUGUAGAUCUGCAUGAAAAGGCAAAGGAAGAAACAUUGUUGUGCCAUUAUGGGUCCACUCUUCCAAAAGAUCCAACUUGUAAUUUGCCUUGCAGUUGGGCCCAAACAGAUCCAUCAACCUUUCUUAUUCGGGGAGAGACUUAUCUAGGAGAUCGUAAGAAGAUUAAGGCAAAAGGCACAUUGAUGCAAAUGGUUGCUGCAGAUUGGCUGAAAUCUGACAAGCGAGAAGAUGAUCUUGGUGGUCACCCGGGGGGCAUUGUUCAGAAAUACGCAGCCAAGGGUGGUCCAGAAUUUUUCUUCAUUGUGAAUAUACAGGUACCAGGUUCAACAACAUACUCUCUUGCUCUCUACUAUAUGAUGGACACUCCUAUAGAAAACGCGCCGUUGCUGGAGAGUUUUGUUAAAGGGGAUGAUGCUUAUAGAAAUUCGAGGUUCAAGCUCAUACCAUACAUAUCCAAGGGACCAUGGAUAGUCAAGCAGAGUGUUGGAAAGAAAGCAUGCCUUGUAGGUCCAGCACUUGAAAUUAAUUAUUUUCGGGGAAAGAACUACUUGGAGCUUGAUAUCGAUGUUGGUUCUUCUACUGUGGCAAGGGGUGUUGUAAGCCUUGUUGUUGGAUAUCUAAACAAUCUUGUGAUUGAGAUGGCCUUUCUUGUCCAGGCCAACACCCCAGAGGAGCUUCCUGAAUAUCUUCUUGGAACUUGUCGUCUUAACCAUCUGGAUGUCGCUAAAGCUGUUCAAGUGAAACCAUGAUCCUUGUAUAUCUCAAUUUUUUUUUUUUCAUUUUAUAUAGCUUUCUACAAGGCAACAUGGAUGAUGCCAAUAUAGAAGUGCAAAAGCUUUACAAAGUGACUAUUCUUUGAUUUAAUCAAAUGUCAUGCCAGCAAGUCUGCUGCAUUGGUCUCAGCUGUAUAGUUUGCCCGAUAUCCCUGUUUCUAAUUAUCAGUAAACUGCAUUAUGAGCAUAUGCUAUUUUUCCUGAAGGGGAAUGUGUUUUUUCCAGAGUUA